GUCAAGCUCAAGAUGCCAUGCUGGCGGAAGUAAUAUUGAGAAACUUACUUGUCGUACUGGGGGAAAUAAAGGUGGAUGAGGGAGUGUUACCUUAACUUUGCAAAGUGUGUUUGCAUUUGAGAAAAUGAAAAUGAACCUACCGAGAGGCCCGAACAGUCUUUGCUUUGAUAAAGAUGAAUUUAUGAAGGAUGACUUUGAUGUCGAUCGGUUUGUAUCGGAAUGUCGGAAAAAUGUCCAGUUGGAGGAACUUAGGGAACAUUUGGAGCUUUACUACAAGCUUCUCAAGACAGCGAUGGUAGAACUUAUAAACAAAGAUUAUGCUGACUUUGUUAACCUCUCCACUAAUUUGGUGAGUGUUUGUAAGUCCUCAUGGUUGAAUUGCUUCAAGCUUUACUCUUUAAAUGAAAAUAUGUGUGGUAUUUGCAUCUUAAGAUUGAUCCAAGUUGUGAGAUCUGUUGAGAAAAUCGAAAAGAUUCUGCAUUCUCAAGCAUCCAAAGAAACAUCGUCUCUGGAAAUAAAUAGUCCUAACCUUGCUGGACAGAUUUUAGAAAGGAUUGCAACAGAAUUUAAUCAACUUCAGUUUCAUGCUGUUCAUAGUAAAGGCAUGCCACUUCUGGAUAAAAUGAGGCCAAGAAUAGCUAGCAUUACUGCUAUGCUUCAGCAAUCCCUGGAAGAACUACUUUUAAAAGGAUUGCAAACAGCAAAUGUGGAUAUUGUGCGACACUGUUUACGAACAUAUGCAACAAUUGAUAAAACACGUGAUGCAGAGGCUCUAGUUGGCCAAGUACUUGUCAAGCCUUAUGUAGAUGAGGUGGUAGUUGAACAAUAUGUUCAAUCCCACCCUAAUGGACUUCAAAUAAUGUAUGGAAGGCUGCUGGAGUUUGUUCCACAUCAUUGUCGUCUGCUUCGUGAAGUAACAAGUGGAGCAAUUGCAAGUGACAGAGCAGAUACUGUACCAGGCUAUGACUUUUUGGUCAAUUCUGUUUGGCCAGAGAUGGUACGAGGCAUUGAAGAGAAACUGCCAUCAAUCUUUAACCCUGGCAACCCAGAUGCAUUCCAUGAGAAAUACUCUAUAAGUAUGGAGUUUGUGAGAAAAUUUGAACGCCAGUGUGGUUCUCAGGCCAGUGUAAGGAGGCUCAGAAUGCACCAGUCUUACAAGAGCUUUCACAACAAAUGGAAUUUGCCAGUUUAUUUCCAACUCAGAUUUAAAGAAAUUGCUGGAAAUGUGGAGGCGGCUUUGUCAGAUAAUUUAUGUGAAGCACCAGCUGGAAGUGCUUAUCGACUGUUGGCUACGCAUGUUUUAUGGAAUAACCUGAGUAAAUGCUGGUCUGAGAAUAUUUAUUUGCCACUUUUGGCACAUCGCUUCUGGAAGUUAACUUUACAACUGUUGUCAAGAUAUUCAAAGUUUCUAAGUGAGGUAUUAUCAAAAGCUUCUGUUGAUGCAAAUAAAGAUGGGAUUCGAAUACUAGCAACCAUUGGAAAGUCUGUCUCAACACCAAACUUUACCUCAAAUGAAGAGGACAUGGGCAGCACUACUGUAACACACAUAAAAUCUUCACCAUCUCUUUCAACACAUCAAAUAGUAUAUAUUUUGGCAGACCUAGAUAAGCUGCAGGAACAGGUUUCUGAUUUGGAGGUAGUGAUUAAACAGAAGUUGGAGUUAAUUGGAUUCAUGAACUUUGCACUAAUUACAGAUUCUCUGUCUGAUUCCAAAGCUGCACUGUGUUUUUGCAAACCAGAACUAAAUAGCAAAAUUACUCAACAUUUAACUGAGAUAUGCUUCAGUUGUCUUAAAAGUGCCUCUGAGGUUCCUAGGCUUUAUAGACGAACAAACAAGGAGAUUCCAGCCAAAGCAUCAGUUUACAUUGACAAUGCUUUAAAACCUCUCUGUCAACUCCGGAGUGAUUAUAAAGAUAUUCUUAACCCCAUGGUAAUACAGGAUUGGUUAAGAGGUGCACUUAGCAACAGCAUUCAAAGGUACUUUGAAACUGUUUCUGAUGUUCUUAGCUCAGUAAAGAAAAUGGAAGAAAGUUUAAAAAGACUAAAACAAGCAAGAAAGACGGUAACCUCAAGUAGUACUGGUGCAAAUGGAGGUUUAAGUGAUGACAACAAGAUUCGAUUACAGCUGGCACUUGAUGUGGAAUAUUUGGGUGAACAGGUUCAGAAAAUGGGAAUAAAGACGAAUGAUCUCAACCUUUUUUCAUCUCUUCUUGAACUGGUUCAAACAGCCAAAGAAACAGCAUUGUCAGAGCAGCAGUUAACAUAA